UCUCGGGGUUUUAAUGAAUGAGGCUCUUGUUGCUGAGGAAUCUGCGGCACAGAUGGGAAAACGUUGAUCGGAUCUUAUGAGGCAGAAGGUUUACUUACAAAAGAAAAACGACGAAUAAAACGAAAAAUUCCAGAAGACCAUUCAAUUUAUUUAUUUCACAAAAACGUUUAUAUUUUUGCAAAGACUAGCAGAAACUGACAACGCAACUUCGUGAGACUUUUGCUUGCUGCUCAGAAAAAGGGAGCCAAAUGACGGGGAGACCCAACCUUCCAAUGGUGAAAAAAAAAGACAAUAGAAAAGCAGCUCUGGGCGGUGGUCUUAGCGUACAACUGACCCAGAAAGAGAGACACAGAUAGAAAUUUAUUGUCGGAUUGGCUGCUGCGAGCGUACUAUAAGGCAAGAGGUCAGAGGCAGGGUGAGAGAGGGAGCCGAAGACAGGGUAGGUGAGUGGGAGGAGCUCCGAGGAACAGAGCGGUUCCCAGUUAAGGGGCCCAGCUCCUCCAGUCGCCACUGGGAUUUCCACGAGGAAUGUGUUCCGCACUUGGAAAAUCCGGAGUGUAUCGUCUAUAUAUGUGAACUAUCCAGGACACGUGGGACAUACCUGAAAACCGGGAAAGAUGAGAGGCUGGAUCUGCUGCUGGGUACAGGUCCGGAAGAACUCCACCACCUUGUUCGUCGGGAUUAUCUUUGCAGCCCUCCUCAUAUUGGGAGUCAACUUUCAUACAAGGUACCUGGUUCAGACUAAUUCCUACCAAGGGGUCAGCAACAGGGUCAGGUUUAAUCCCCUCACAUCACAGAGCUCAGAACUUACCCCACGGCAAGAAAUUUUAGAUGUCCACUCCCCACAGAGGAACAUGUCAGAAACUGUUAAGUCCUUCAGGUCCUGUCAACCCAAAAGAAAUGUGAUGUUCCUGAAAACCCACAAAACAGCCAGCAGCACCAUCUUGAAUCUGCUUUACCGCUUUGGGGAGAAACAUGGACUCACCUUUGCCCUGCCCACCCACUACCAGUUUGGCUAUCCCAUCCUAUUCAGCUCACGUAGAGUAAAGGGUUUCUUGCAGCGGGAUGUACCACACUACAACAUCAUGUGCAACCAUAUGAGAUUCAACAGACCUGAGGUACAGAAAGUGAUGCCAGCAGACACCUUCUACUUUUCAAUUCUCCGCAACCCUGUCGCACUGGCUGAGUCCUCCUACAGCUACUACAAGUCUGUGGCACCAUCCUUCAAGCGCUCUGUCAAUUUUGAUGCCUUUAUUGCUAAUCCCUGGCGGUACUACUUACCGCAGGUGCACAACAACCACUAUGCUCGGAACCUUCUUUGGUUUGACUUUGGCUUUAAUCACAAUGCAAACUUCUCACUCCAGGUGGCCCAGGCUGGGGUGGAAGAAAUCCAGCAGUCUUUCCAUCUCAUCCUAUUAGCUGAAUAUUUUGAUCAGUCAAUGGUCCUCCUGCGGGAUGCUUUGUGUUGGUCACUGGAUGACAUUGUCACGUUCAGGCUCAACUUCCGCAGUAACGAUACUCGACGCCGCCUGUCUGCAAAACAGGAGGAAAGACUUAAGCAGUGGAAUGCUAUGGAUUGGUAUUUAUACCAAAGUUUCAAUAAAACAUUCUGGCAGAGGGUGGAAAGAUUUGGAAAAAGUCGGAUGGACCAGGAAGUGGCCAUCCUUCAGGCCCGCCAAAAGGAACUUAUGGACCUCUGUCUAUUGCAAGGUGGGAAACCGGCAGAGGCAAGCCAGAUUCUUGAUCGAGGAGUCCGUCCAUUUCAGUUUGGCCAGGCUAAGAUCCUGGGAUACAAUUUGAAUUUAAACCUCAGCCUUUCAAACAAAGAACGCUGCUUGCGAAUGAUCAUGCCAGAACUGCAGUAUAAGGACUUGCUUGACAGCAAACAGUUUCCAAGGGCAGAGGGCGUGCCAAAGCAAGCUCUAGCUAAAGAGGGCAUCAGGCCGCAAUCCAAUGUCCACCUCGGUGCUUCAGGAUCAGUAGUCAAUAAAAGGGACCAUGUCAUUCAGAAAAUAGACCUCUCUAAGCAGAAGCUCCGUAGAAGCCCAUGAAACUGCUUUUCAUCAGUAGCGUCCUGAGAGGACAGCCUAUAUUUGCACUUUUCAUGAGUGCCAGUUUUUGGUACCCCUAGUAGAACAGAGUGCCACCAACAAAAAGGCUUUCAUCUCACACUAUCCACUCCUGGUUACCCUUGCCAGGUUCGGCAAAGCACAGAAACUGCCUUAAACCACAAGCAUUUAGUGGUUCCCCUUUCUGGGAAAUAGAUGCCAUUUACUUAUUGGCAUUGACCAUUUUAAUUCCUUAUUUGAGAGGUAUAUUAGUUGAUUGUUCCAAUUCCCUGGUUGAAGGUUACAUAAGUGAUGUGACCUUUCAGAUUGAAUUCAGGGGUGUUUCUCUCUUGGGAAGAGAGAGUUUCAUUUUAUUAAUAACAUUUUAUGUAAAAGCCCAUGCAAAACCACUCAGGAAUAAGCCAGUUGGGUAAAUAUACUCACUGUGAAGUUGAAGAUGGAGAACUCACUCAGGUGUCUCUUUACCUUUCCCUGUUCUAAUGGUACAUUACCAACCACUUCAGAAUUCACAGGAGUCAUCUCAUGAGGCGAGCUGCAGCAGCCUCAUAACACAAUGUUCACAAUGUCAGUCAGUGAGCAAGUGACUGACUGACUGCCAGUUUGGGGAGGUUGGGUGACUUGUGUUGGGACUGAGGCACAGACCUAAAAACUGACAGUAACAUCCUUCAUCAGUACCACACAGAUAUCCUUGUGUGUGUGUAUAUGUUUCCAUUUACAAACACCACCAGCUUGACUAUGGGACUCGGGAGGGUCAAAAGCAUUGGGGUGGUGGGUCUCAUAGCAGCCACAGAUUCACUCAGUGUAUAAGUAUUUGUUACGCACUAGCAAGACCAUCAGCCAGUUAAUAGUUUAAUGUAUAGUAGACAGCAGACAGACUUCAUAAGCUACCAGACUAGCAAUACUGGACAGAUGCCUUUCCAGAUCACCACCUAUUACAGCUCAGGAUAAAUGAAAUGAAAACCACAAUGCCUGUAGGCUGCAGUAAUCACAGUUACCUGGGACAUAUGUUGGCAACACAAGGGGACAUUUUGGGUAAGUGCAACAGUAUCCAGUUGGGAUGUUCGCUUUUCAGAGUUAAAUUUCCAGUUCAGAUCCUAGCAUAUGGACUGAACUCGGCUGAGAUGAGAGGGUCCCUGCUGACUGAUGUUCAAAAUAUGCAUUGUGCUUUGAGCCAAGCCACUGAAGCUUUAUUUAUACAACAAACCAAAUAGGUGUCAAAGCCAAAAGUGGUACAGUUGGGUCAGUCUGUCAUAUGCCAUUACUGUACAUUGGGUCAUGGAUGGCAGAUGCUCAGUGUUCAAAGCAUCUUUGGCACAGAGAUUCUCAGUCAAGAAGACCUUGUGAACCUGGAAGCCUUUCUUCACUUACAGGUGCUUCCUGUGUUGGUAAUUCUUUGGAAGGGAUUCCACCAAGAAGAAGGACAAGGAGACUGGUUUUGAAAUGCAGAGACAUUGACUACCUAUUGAGGAAGCCUCAGGGCUUGGAGAGCUGCAUGAGAAUUUCACUUUAGUGAAUUUUUCCAAAGGCUUUCUUUUAAUUUGACUUGAGUUCUAGGACACAUUUUUAUAAAAAAAAAAAACACAAUGGCAAGGGCUUCCAUGAACUUGUUUAAAAUUUUCUUUGCAGGUUUGAGGGAGGCAACUUGUAGGCAAGUAAUAUGUAUUUAAAUAGUGUUUUUUUAAUUGCCUUCGUUGCAGUAAUUGGUGUCUUGAAAUAUUUAUUUGGGUUUUAUAUUUAUUGUUUAGUACAUUGUCAUAUUUAUUUGUUUAUUGAACUGCACACUGUAAUGGACAUUCCUACAUCCUGCAAUAAAAUAAAUAUAAAAAGUGG